AUGGCGAAUUGCCUUGCAGCUCCUAGGCGGCCUCUUCUGGCACUGCCAUUCCUUCUGCCCUCUCCUUACGAGUGCGUCACCCUAGGUUUGCGACGCAAUCAGUCUUCAUACAGGCGCACAAAGCAGCGUCUACGUGUCAAGCCAGAUGCCUCAUUUGGCUCUUCUGUGAGCCAUUCUCAAGAGGAUCAUAUCAUCUACAACCCACCGUCAAGUGCGCCGUCAGUUUACCACACGCCCACUAAAUUCCUGCCCUCUGAUGAUAUCCGGAGAAAUUUGCGCAACGCGUCUGUCAAGGGUAGCAACGCCGAAUCCCUUCCCCUCGCAGCCAAAGUGACCACCGAGAAAAAAUACCAUCUAAACCCGUCAGAUAUAAGAGAGAUUCGCAGGCUCAGGGCCACUGAUCCGAUGACAUGGAGUCGGUUGAAGUUGGCCAAGCGCUUCGACUGUUCCCCAAUGUUUAUUGCAAUGGUCUGUGAGGCUAGUCCAGAGAAGAAGGACAUUCAAAAGCGAAUCCUGGAAGCUGUGCAAUCAAGAUGGGGAUCGAAACGUCGGAUGGCCAGAGAAGACCGACAGCUGCGGAAGGAGACAUGGGGAAGGGAUCAGUAA